GAGACCUCCUCUUGACAUCUUGCAACACAAUCGCCACUUACUAGAAUGACUCUUGCAGAAUGCAAAGUGACCAUGGCAGCACCUCACGAUACUCUACGCACAUCCUCUUAUCUACUCAUUACCAAUUACCACUGAAAUCGCUUGUCACUCAUUCUGCCUCAGUUCUAGUAGCGGUGACGCAUGCGAGCCUCAGUCGUUUACACUCUUUCUCCCCGGCGUGUCGGACCGCAGCUAACAAUUAUCUCCGUGUGCAUUUCAUUCUCAGCAAUAGCCUCCCCGGCGUAUACGACCCAUCUGCUGUCCUUAACAUCAAUCAAUUCAUUCAUGGAUGUAGAAGACUCGAAACAACUUCAGAAGUAAUCACGACGAAAAUUUUAACAAAAUUACGCAAUAACAACAAGACACGAAAACAACAAGUAAACACAAUGAAUCCAAAAUACACCAAUUGAUAUGACACACCACACGUAUAUACAAAUAGUACAAACAACCUCGCCGAUCAUGUCUUGGUGGAAUUCCUUUGAAGAAUUGCAGGACUUACA